CGACGUGUCCAAUUUAUGCUGGCUACUCGUUUACAUUUUCGUACACGGAUAAGCCCUCCUUUCCCACCUCUCCUCCUCCUGCUUCGCCUCCUUUUAAUUUUCCCGAGAAAAUCCCAAUUGUUUUCUCACUCCACCAUGGAAAACAACUUCCCACUCUGAAAAUCCUUUUCCAUAUAGUAAAAGAUUUGAUUUUUCAGACCAAUCCAAUUCCUCCUUCCCACUAAUGGCGGCGGUUAGUUCUCUCGCCUUCUCAGCGUUAGGUCAGUCCACCGAGAGGAAAGUCACUGCUCCGUCUCCUCGUCCCAAUUUCGACGGGAUACGGUGUCGUACGAGCUUUUCCUUCACUUCGUUACGCGUUAGGGUUUCGAAGAUUAGUAUUCGGUGCAUGUCUUCCUUUACAGAUGUGCCCACCGUCGCUGAAACAAAGUCCAAUUUCUUGAAUGCUUAUAAACGACCAAUUCCAAGUAUCUACAACACUGUGCUGCAGGAGCUGAUUGUCCAACAUCAUCUGAUGAGGUACAAGAGGACGCAUCGCUAUGAUGCUGUUUUUGCCCUUGGUUUUGUUACAGUGUUUGAUCAACUCAUGGAUGGCUACCCAAGUGAUGAAGAUCGAGAGGCCAUCUUCCAGUCAUAUAUAAGGGCACUGAAGGAGGACCCCGACAUAUACAGAAACGAUGCAAAAAAGUUGGAGGAAUGGGCCAGUGCACAGAAUGCUAGUUCUUUAGUAAGUUUUUCAUCGAGAGAAGGGGAAGUUGAAGGCAUGCUUAAAGACAUUGCAGAGAGAGCUAGGAGCGACGGUAGUUUCAGCUACAGUCGUUUCUUUGCUAUUGGUCUGUUUCGCCUUCUUGAGUUGUCAAAUGCUACUGAACCCACAGUUUUAGAACAGCUUUGUGCUGCAUUGAACAUAAACAAGAGAAGUGUGGAUCGGGAUCUUGAUGUAUACCGUAAUCUGCUGUCGAAACUGGUUCAAGCCAAAGAGCUCCUUAAGGAAUACGUGGACAGGGAGAAGAAGAAGAGGGAAGAGAGGGUGGAAUCUCAAAAGGCCAGUGAGGCAGUUGCAAAAUGCUUGGGUGAUUAUCAAUAUGCAGGUCGGUGAUGCAUAUUGUUUCAUUUGCUGAUAAACCCCCAGCAAGCUUCAGCCCGUAAUUUCUCUUUUAUUUUGAGGUAAUAGUUGAAAUUUGAGGUUGAGCCUUCUUGCAGCAAAAGCGGUUUGCGGUUAAUUGUAUUAUUUUGGGUCCCUUACCUUAUAUGAUCCUGCUUACAGGUCAAUUGUUGAAUUUUUCCGUGUUUAAACUUUUUUUGUACACCAUGGUUCUGGCCCAACCCCUCUUGGCUAGAAUUUGUUUAUAUUAACCUUCUCUUCUAUUUUCUCUC